AUGCAUAAAGUGUCACUUGUACGUAGUGCGUUGGAAGUCUUUCAAAAAGCUACAGAAGCAAAUAUCGAUCUAUUAUCCAUGAAUUCAAAUAAAGCAUAUAAAGUUUAUGUUCGACUUAUGUUUCUUCGAAUAGGUGAAAUUGAUACAUUAAAUGAAAAAUAUCAAGCUCAAAUAGCUAUUGAAUCACGUUGGUCAAUUGAAUUAGAUAAAAUUUCAUCGAAUUUAUCAUCGGAUGAAUUAAAUCGUUUACUUCAUGGAAAAUCGAUUUCACUUAUGAAAUAUGCUGAAACAAAUUGGCAUCCACAAUUAUAUGUUGAAAAUGCUUUGGGUGAUUUAAAAGAACAAAUAAGAUAUAGUGCAAGAAAAUCAAAAAUUGAUUCUCAAAUUUAUAUUCGUGAAUAUCGUGAUAUCAAAGGUUUAUUUUGGGAGAAACUUGAAUUACAUCAUUUUCCAUCGGAUGUACAAGAUUUAUCUAUAUCAAUUGGAUCAAUGUUUUAUAAUGAUAAAGUUAUAUUAAUAGCUGAUCCAUAUUAUUCAAGUGGUGUUAAUCGUGAAGCAUUUAUUGAUCAACAAGAAUGGUCUUUAUAUGAACAUGUUGAUACACAACAAAGAUAUAUUAAAGAAUUUCUUUUUCGAGAAGAUAAUGACGAUGAAGAAGAAGAAGAAGAUAAAGGUAAUGGUGAAGAUGAUAAUGCAAAUGCUAUCAAUAAUAAAGAACGAUAUCGUUCAAUUUUAACAGUAACAUGUCAUGCUGCUCGUCGAUCGAAUUAUUUCUAUUGGAAUGGAUAUUGGUUAAUAUUUCUAAUAACUAUUGUAUCGUUUUGUAUAUUUUCUAUUCCACCAAAUUUAGCAGCAAAUCGUCUUCAAAUAUGUUGUACACUUCUUCUAACAUCUAUUACAUUUCGUUGGACAGUAAAUCGAUCGCUUCCUACAAUAUCAUAUUUGACAACUAUGGAUAAAUAUGCGAUAAUGUGUCUAUUUAUACUUGUUAUUCUUUCAAUAUGGCAUGCGAUUAUUGGUGGUUUAAUAUUUUACAAUACACCUGAUUCUCGUGUGACUCCAGCAAGUCGAUUUGUACAUUUAGAUCAAUAUGUUUUAUACUUGUCUAUUGGUAUUUUUAUAUUAAUACAUGUGAUACUUUUUAUAUGGUUAUUUUGUGUUCCAUUAAAACAUCGUCGACAAUUAAAAGAAAAAGAUAUUCAAUAUCGUCGAUUAAUAUCCGAAGAAGGUCAUUUAAUAAAGAAAAAGUCACAAAGAAAAUCUGAUUAUAUUCCAAUCUCAAUUCAAAAUUAA